AUGGGUCCUUUGACGCAAACGCAGCUCCACUGGCUGUCUUCUCAGCCACAUACACAUAAGGUUGUCACCGCGGGAAACCACGACCUUAUCCUUGAUGAAGUAAGUGAGAUGGGAUUUUUUGCGCGUCAGGGAAUCAGUGCUGCAAAGCGAAAGCAAUUGGACUGGAUUGGGAUCCAUUAUUUGCAAGAUGAACCAAUGAUAUUGGAACUGCUAGUCCCUGCUGCCGGGGAGCAGCAAGUGCGCCGGGUGAAAAUAUACGGCUCCCCAAUGACGCCAGAGUUUGGCCUUUGGGUCUUUCAGUAUCAUCCGAUCCGCGACGCGUGGACCAGGAAGAUCCCCGAUGAUACUGAUAUUCUGGUGGUGCAUGGCCCACCGGCUCUAUAUGGUGACUGUGAUGGCGAGAAAGGACCAGAUGGAAAGAUCAAAGUUAAAGGGGAUGGGUAUAUAUUGCGCGAGAUACAAAGAGUAAGUCCCAAAGGGGUUGUCUGUGGGCAUAUCUAUGGGGCAUUCAGUGUCAUUGUCAUCCAGCACGAUGGAAUUAAGGAUGUUAUGAACGCAGUGCAAAUGCAAUGGAAAGGCUACGAUAUAGUUGGAGCUCUUCAACAGACUCUAUGGAGCAAGCUCACCAUGGGGAGAAACGUGGAGCGCUCGGAAGAAACACUCGUCAUCAACGCUGCCUUUGCACCAAGUGAGCUGAGAAGCGAGGACAAAAGCGCAAUUGGUAUCGAUUUUCACUGA